AUGACGACAUUUGUACCAUUGAGACAGCGCGGGUCGAGCUUCCUACACAGACACCACAGCGGAAACAUGCUAAAAGCCAGCCAUCGAUCAGAGUCCCCCAAGCCAGCACUUUUCGAGGGAACCGACGCCGUUCCUCAGAAUCGCAAGGUCGCCGUCCAGCGAGUCGUUGAGAUCCAUGAUGCACUGGAGCUGAGGGACCAAGCUGAGGCGAGCACCGAAGCACAACGCAAUGACUCCGCACGCACAUCGAGCGACAACAUCAGCAUGGACUUCGAUGCAGUAGACCUGCCGCAUAGUGAAGUACGAGCAUUCAAAUAUUUCUUACGGAAGUGGGAUCACAAUCAACGCCCCGACUCUGAAUUUGAUCAAGCUGUACAAGCCUCCGAGUCGGACUUCGAAGAAGCUGCCAUCAAGCACUUCUUCCGACGGAUCGCACUGUGGGACGAGAGUGAGGAAGUUUUGCGGGCGACGAGGAAGGAGAUGGAGAAUAGGUCGAGGAGCAACAAGAAGAGGUCAAGAGACAGUGUACUGGGGAAGCUCUGGAUGAAGGAACGAAGCAACCAGGAGCACAACAGCUACGACGAGCUGAAGGAGACUACAACGAGAGAAGGUCUGGCACAGUUACUUUGGACGCUGAUGCAUGAUCAAACGACGCCAUUGGCUCCUCAGUUCGUGUCGGAAUGUACCGACGCUGUAAAGAGAAAGUAUGGCAUAAAGAGCUGAAGCUAAGAAAGCGCAACAAUAUCCUAUUACCUUAUUUUCCAUAGCUUUAAUUGACUAAUCCGCG